GCGGUUUCUUUCAUUCCCUUAAAAGAGCCUCCCUCCCCCAUAUAAACCGAAGCAUCAUUCUGCCAUCGCUUCUGCGUAAUUUCGUUUGCGUUUUUCUCAGCAGUUGUUUAAGGGAGGAAAAAUAAAUAUAUAUUGGAUGAGACAGAUCUGAUAAAUAUUGAUAAAUAGAAGAAAGGAGGAGAAGAAAUGGCAACAGUAUCCCCUCUGGCGAAAUACAAGCUGGUAUUCCUUGGCGAUCAAUCCGUUGGUAAAACCAGCAUUAUCACUCGCUUUAUGUAUGAUAAAUUCGACACCACUUACCAGGCAACUAUUGGAAUUGAUUUUUUGUCCAAAACAAUGUACCUCGAAGAUCGGACAAUUCGGCUGCAACUUUGGGAUACUGCUGGCCAAGAGAGAUUUAGGAGUCUUAUACCGAGCUACAUCCGGGAUUCUUCUGUAGCCGUAAUUGUCUAUGAUGUAGCUAAUAGACAAUCAUUCUUAAACACCUCUAAAUGGAUUGAGGAGGUACGGACUGAGCGAGGUGGUGAUGUCAUUGUUGUCCUUGUUGGAAACAAAACCGAUCUUGUUGAUAAGAGGCAAGUUUCAAUAGAGGAAGGAGACGGCAAGGCUCGUGAAUUUGGAGUUAUGUUUAUAGAAACCAGUGCGAAAGCAGGAUUUAAUAUAAAGCCUCUAUUCCGCAAGAUUGCUGCUGCCUUGCCAGGGAUGGAAACCCUUUCUUCCACAAAACAGGAAGACAUGGUUGAUGUGAACCUCAAGCCGACUGUCAAUUCUUCCCAGGCAGAACAGCAAGGAGGGGGUUGUGCAUGUUAGAGAAGUGGAUAUGAGGAAGAUCGAGGAAAGGAAGCACCUUCAAUACCAGGUUAUACCAACUGAAUUAAAAUCCGACAAAUGAUGAUUUUUAUUUGGGCUAUUUCAGAUCAAUAAGACGUAGUUGCAGAUUCCUGCUAUUUGUUGAAUAGGAAAAUUGACCGUUCAGAUGUAUUCCAUUUAAUAUCUCUCCUCUCUUUUCUUUUUUUCUUUUGUUCUUUGGAAAACCUUUGAUAUGUCUGUGAAACCAUUAUCAGAUAUUAACUGCAAUAGGAGGUAAUCUUUAGGUUACCCAUUUUGUGAUUCAAGAAAAUUGAUGGCUGUAAUUUGAAAUUUUGAAUUCAUUGUAUAAAGUUUCUUUGGAUCUUGGUGGA